AUGUAUCCUCCAGCACCGCCGCAGACCUGGCGAGAGCGUUUACCAACUUUUCCAAUCCUGCGGACAACAAUAAUCGCUGCAGCACAGUCAUCAUCGGCGCCGAACACGCGACCCGAUACGAUCCACCUAGUCGAAGCCAGCACCGAGCUGUUCUCCUCUGCAUCUGGGAAAAGCGGAGGCUUCGUCGCCGAAGACUGGUUCGGACCCGCGACGGCGAGUCUAGGAGAGUUGAGUUUUCGAUUGCAUAAAGAGCUGGCGGAAGAGUUUGGAGGUCGCGACCAAUGGGGGUACAGCAGGAGCACAGGAACGAGUCUAGUUGACGGCGGCGACGGCGUUGAAGGAGGAGAUUGGCUAGCAGAGGGGGGCAGUCGAGCACAAGCAUCAGGGGUGCACGAAUAUACAGGGCACGACACAGGUCCCAGCUGGUUGAAGAGAAGAAAGGGAGACACUGUCGAGUCUCUGAGCGAGCCCGGUGGCGUAGCUCAAGUCGACCCUCUCCGCCUCUGCAGAUUCCUCCUCAAGCAGUCGAUCCUUCAAGGCGUCCGUCUUCACCACCCUGCUCGAGCCGUGAAGGUCGCUCGCGACACGGAGGGAAACCUCUCCGGCCUUCGCGUCAAGCACUCCAACGGCUCACAGUUCAAGAUCCCAUGUACUCGUCUCCUGAUUACCGCGGGAGCAUGGACGCCCCGCGUGUUUGAUGACCUCUUCCCAUACGCCAGUCUCUCGAUCCCCGUCACUCCGCUCGCAGGACAUAGUCUCGUCGUACGCUCGCCUCGAUGGACGAGCCAGCACGAAGAGGAAGCGAAGGGAUGCCAUGCUGUUUUCACGACCAUGUCAGAAGGGAGAGGGACUUUCAGCCCGGAAAUCUUCUCACGGGUCGGUGGGGAGAUUUAUAUUGCUGGACUGAAUAGUGAUUCCAUCACGUUGCCGGAAAGCCCAGAGAAGGCAGUAGUUGAUGAAGCGGCUGUUGAGGAGUUGAAGAGAGUCGCAGAGAUAUUCCUCGGCCAAGACGGGACGGAUGUCAGUGAUCUCGAAGUCGUUCGGGAAGGUCUAUGUUUUCGGCCCGUGACGAGGAGAGGGGUGCCGAUAUUGACGAAGGUCAGUGAUGAGUCUUUGAACGCGGCUGGAGUUGGAGAUGGAGGGAUCAGAACGUUGGGGUCGCCUGAUGGGGGAGUGUACGUAUGUGCAGGUCAUGGGCCUUGGGGAAUCAGUCUGGGACUGGGGACUGGGAAGGUUUUGAGUGAGUUGUUGGAGGGAGAGAAGUUGAGCGCUGAUGUUAGGAGUUUGGGGAUGGAGUAG